CGCGUGAUGUCACAAUGACAACGUGCGCCUUUGAUCAGUGCGGCAACCAUCAUUCAAACAUCAAAUAAAGUUUCUCUUGCGCCGAAAUGUUUCGCGUUUGACACAUUUUACAUCCGACACCGUUAGUACCGUUUGGUGCACCCUGUCGCCCUCUGUUCCCUGGGGAUUUUGCAUAGAUCAGUUUGCUUCCGGAUUGUUUUAUUCUUAUAAUGUACUCCUCACUUCCUUGUGUUGUGCGAAUAGAGGAACUGACCACAUUGUUGCUAGACCGUUCAUAUAUAUUUUCCAAAUGCUGAAGUACUUUUUAACGUCUUAACAUGAAAGUUAGUUUGUUUACAGUUGGUUUUCGAUAUUUCCAUUAAUCUAUUUCUCUAAUCUUGGUCUUUUUAAAGUACAUGGAUUUCUUUCUACAUUAUUCAUUUCUAAGGAAAUGAUAUCUCACCAUACAAGAAUCCACACGUCUCCCUAAUUCUGCAUGUAGUGUAUCUAAUUGUUUGGCCAAAGGCAACAAUGGCGGGCCGCUGUCAGCAGGGAGAGCUGACAGAGUGCAAGAAGAGCUUGAUAAAGCGAGAUUUGGAGAUGGGGAUCGUGAUGACAGUGUACAGACAGAAGAUGGAGAGGCUUACGGUUCAUGUCAUCAUGGAAACCAGACAGGUGGCAUGGAUGCGCACGGCUGACAAAACAGAAGGAGUGUUGGAUCUGUCUGAGAUCCGGGAAGUGCGACCAGGGAAAAACUCCAAGGACUUUGACCGAUUCAAGGACAGCAAGGACAGAAAUACAGACCCAAACACGUGUUUUACCAUAUUCUACGGCUCUCAGUUUGUUUUAAACACUCUCAGUUUGGGAGCUGAUACAGUUGAGGAUGCAGAAAACUGGCUGAUAGGACUCGAGUUACUCAGACAGGAGACACUGGCAGCUAACACACCAGAGAUUAUAGAGAGUUGGCUGCGGAAGCAGAUGUACUCUGUUGACCAGACAAAGAAAAACAGUAUCUCUAUGAGAGAGCUCAAGUCACUUUUGCCUAAGAUGAACUUUAAAACACCAUGUGGACGUUUUCUGAAGGACAAAUUUUCGGCGGUGGGAGCAAAGAAAGAUGUUCUGGAUUUUGAGCAGUUUCACAAAUUCUACAAUCUGUUGAUAUUUGACAACCAAAAGAUGAUACUAGAAGAGUUUAAAAAGGAGUCCUGUGCUUUCAUCAUGGGUACCUCGGAUCAGCCUGUUCAACUCUGCGAUUUUCAAAGAUUUCUUUUAUAUGAACAAAAAGAGACUUGGGCCAACAAUCUGAAUCAGGUGCGAGACUUGAUGACCAUCUUUAUAGACGAUACCAUGAGGAAGACCAAUGAUCCAGCAUUUACUGUUGAAGAGUUCCUCGGCUUUCUCUUCUCUAAAGAAAACUCUAUUUGGGAUGAGAAGUACUCGGAGAUAAAUCCACUGGAUAUGAACAACCCUCUGUCUCACUACUGGAUCAACUCAUCACACAACACAUAUUUGACUGGAGAUCAACUGCGCAGUGAGUCAUCAACAGAAGCCUAUGUACGCUGUCUGAGACUGGGUUGCCGCUGCAUUGAGUUGGACUGCUGGAGUGGUCCAGAUGAACCUGUCAUAUACCAUGGUCGGACCAUGACCUCAAAGAUAAAGUUUAAAGAUGUGGUGAAGGCCAUCAACGAUCAUGCUUUUGCAACAUCUGAGUAUCCUGUGGUCCUGUCCAUAGAGGAACACUGCGAUGUCAAGCAACAGAAAAUGAUGGCCCAGUGGUUCAAGGAUGUUUUCCAAGACAAACUCUUGACAGAGCCAUUGGAACCAGAAGCCGAACAGCUUCCCUCACCAACCCAACUUAAGGGCAAGAUCAUCAUCAAGCACAAACGACUGAAUAUUAACGAGACCCUUGCCAAAAAGGAUCUAAGUAAAGGAGAUAAGCAGGGAGAACUUUUCAUCUGGGACCCAAUAGACGAGAGAUGGUAUAAGCACUACUGUGUGAUCGAGAAUAAGAUGUUAUAUUACGCAGAGGAGAAUGAACUAGAGGAGGACACAGGAAAGUCAUUACAGAGCAGCACUGAACUUCAUCAGUCAGAGCCCUGGUUUCACGGCAGGAUGUCCGAGGGCAGACAGACAGCUGAGAGGUUGCUGCAGGAAUAUUGUGCUGAAACGGGGGGAGUCGAUGGAACGUUUCUGGUGCGAGAGAGCGACACGUUUGUCAAUGAUUGCACCCUCUCGUUCUGGCGCAGCGGACGAGUUCAGCAUUGCCGAAUUCGCUCCUGUGUAGACGGAGGUCAUACGGUUUAUUUCCUGACUGACAACCUUCACUUCCCCAGUGUGUAUGCGCUCAUCCAGUAUUACAGAGAAAACCUUCUCCGCUGUCAGGAUUUCAAUCUACGUCUCACUGAAUUUGUGCCACGACCAGACCAGCACCUGCAGGAAGGAUGGUUUUACAGUAACUUGAGUCGAGGUGAGGCGGAAGACUAUCUGAUAAGAAUCCCUCGCGAUGGAGCCUUUCUCAUCAGACAGAGAGAAGAUUCAGAUUCAUACGCCAUCACCUUCAGAGGUGAAGGGAUGGUGAAGCACUGUCGGAUACACAGAGAGGGCUCUUUGUACGUGUUGGGCACCUCCAGCGAGUUCGAGAGCCUGGUGGAACUGGUGGAGUAUUUUCAUAAGAAGCCGCUUUAUCGUAAGAUCAAGUUGCGUUAUCCUGUGACACCUGAACUAGUGGACCGCUUUAGUUCGAUACAAGUAUCUGGUUCACUUUAUGAUUCUAAACAGUACGUGGAGGCCAACGAGAUAGAGCCAUCGCUGCCCCAGAGCACAGUGAAGGCCCUCUAUGACUACAGGGCCAUGCGGCCAGAUGAACUCAGCUUUAACAAGGGUGCAUUAAUUCAUAAUGUAACCAAGGAAGCCAAUGGAUGGUGGAAAGGAGACUAUGGUGGGAAAAUGCAGCAAUAUUUCCCCUCAAAUUAUGUAGAAGAAGUGUCCGAUUCUUCUGAUGCCAGCUACCAGGCAGAUGAGGAGAAUCCAUUAAGAGACUUAUGUAAAGGGGUCGUGGACAUUUCAAAGUGUACUGUAGUUCGCUCAGCCAAAUAUGGCAAGCCCGUGGUUGUGACGCUGCAGUAUAAGGAAAAUAAAGAGGAUAUGAUGCCGUUUGAUUUAGCCACUGAGACCACUGAGGAGCUGUACGAAUGGUAUCAGGUGGCCUGGGACAUUACGCAGAGAGAAGAAAACCAAGAAUUUCAGAUAAAGCAACGGAGGGAGGUCGAGACCAGGGAAGAGGUGGCCAGCGAAAUGUCUGAAAUGGUCGUUUAUUGCCAGCCUCGCAGCAAAGAUAAAGAACGCUUUGACAAUUAUACCUACAAAGAGGUCCGAUCCUUUGUUGAGAAUAAGACACCUGCCAGAAGCAAGUCAAGUCAAUUCUUGGCAUAUAACCGCAAGGCCUUGAGUCGCAUCUACCCUAAGGGCCAACGAGUGGAUUCCUCCAACUAUGACCCAUAUCCUCUAUGGAUGUGUGGCUGCCACAUGGUGGCACUUAACUUUCAAACUGCUGAUAAGUGCACUCAGCUGAACAGCGCCCUCUUCAGUCUAAAUGGAGGUACAGGAUAUGUGCUCCAGCCUGAGCUGAUGCGUGCAGAUAAUUUUGACCCUUAUCAAGAGAAGAAGAAUGUUAAAUUCACAAUUACUAUUAGGGUGAUAGGAGCUCGGCAUCUACCCAAACCUGGUCGCAGCAUCGCCAGCCCUUUUGUGGAGAUCGAACUGUGCGGCCAAACAGAUGAGAGCAAAUUCAAGACGAUUGUUUGCCACGAUAAUGGGCUAAACCCUGUAUGGCUCGGGCCGAACCAUCAGCCUUCAGAAGCAGUUACUUUCAACGUGUAUGAACCAGAACUCACAUUUCUACGAUUUGUGGUCUUUGAGGAGGACAUGUUCUCUGACCCCAAUUUCCUUGCCCAGGCUACUUUCCCCGUGAGAGGCGUUCGCUCAGGGUAUCGGUCUGUCCCUUUAAAAAAUGGGUUUAGUGAAAACCUGGAGCUUGCAUCUCUCCUGGUGUAUGUGGAAAUACAACAAGUGGAGAAAGUACAAGAGGAACUGUACUCCUCCUCGAAACAAUUGCAAAAGAAGCAAGCAGAGUUUAGCAAUGAUUUCUGCCUGUACGACACUCACUCAAACCUGCAGCGAGCACCUCACCGCCGCGAUGACCUCUCGCAGGAGUGUCUCACAUACUCUGACAAAAAGUAUAGUAAACAACAGCAAAAAAUAAACAACAGCAAGUUCUACGCAUAGGCAAACUAAAAGUGCUGAAAGUCCAGUUUUCUUCCUUCCUGGUUCUAUUGUUCUUAAAUGGUCUGUUCCUCUCGGUUCUGCUGCUUUAUUACUGCUGGUUCCCUAACAGGCCUGAAAGAAGGGAAGUUGCAGCCAUCUAACUUGUGUGCUCAUGAAGGAAUAAAUCGGACGGAGAUUUUGAGCAAUACUCUAUAUUCACUGUGGAAGGUGUAACGGUCAGCUUGAUGUGUCGUUAAGGAUAGUUCACCCAAAAAUGAAACUUAUCUUUACUCAGUUGCAUGUGGACAUGACAUGAAACUAAGUAAAGUACCUAAGUUUCAUUGUGAGUGAACCGUCUCUUUAAACUGAGUGACAACAGGAUGAAGGAUUUUCGGUUCAACUGUGAAACAAAUUAUCAUCUGUCUGAAUCAUUUUGUAUUGGUUUUUAUUCAUAUAUUUGCCUCUGUAUUAAACUCUUCUUUAUUGUCCUAAAAGUUUAAAGGUGCAUUGUGUAACUUUUAGAAAGAUCUCUUGACAGAAAUGCAAUAUAAUAUACAUAACUAUAUUAUCAGUGGUAUAUAAAGACC